AUGUCCGACGUCACUGCAUCAAAACGUGGUAUCCCUGUGAUGGAAGUGGUUGUGAGUUUUUUGUAUUGCUUGAUUCAAUUAUCUUGUACUGGCCAGCAUUAUACAGUUUUACGUAAAGUUUUCAAGUUAUCCCCCAAUUUUGAAAGAUAG